AUGAUCAGCAUUCGCAGGAGCAGGACAAUCGUGCUCCCGAUCCUACUAUUUAGCCUGAUAUGGCUCGUCUUCAGAGGCCAUCUCAGAUGGCUACACCACCCUUUCACGACAGCUAUCAACGGCACAUCGGCUGAUCAAGUCCCUCCCUCGCCCUUCCAGUCAGGUCUCAUCGAUUUCUGGGACACCGCCUCCCGCGCCCUAGUCGAAGCGAAGCCCGACUGCUCCCUUCCAACUGACCCAAUCGAAGCACCUCUCAACGAAUUCGCCAGCCUCAAGAAAGGUUUCGACUUUCGCCCGGACCUGCUGAAGAUAUCGCAACAAGAUGUCGACAAAAUGCGAGCCGCCCAUGCGCGCUUCGUGGCUCAAAUCCCGGAGCUUGCGCAAAAGCUACCAUACGCAACGGGCACACAAGGUAUUGUCGUUGCCGCGUCCGGCGCUCUGCUGCCGGUGUUUCUGGUAUCUUUGAAAAUGCUGCGGCGUACAGGAUCAACUUUGCCCGUUGAGGUCUUCAUGGAGUCGAAGAACAAUUAUGAGAAGGAGAUCUGCGAGAUAGUGCUACCACCCAUGAACGCAACGUGCAUGAUCUUUUCUGAGAUUCUGGAAGCUGUGCCCCACAGGCUCAAGAUGUCGAGAUACCAAUUGAAGGCUUUGGCGCUGGGUUUUUCUUCAUUUGACGACGUGCUCUUGCUCGAUGCCGACAACCUGCCCGUUGAGCAGCCCGAGAAUCUUCUGAACUCCGAGCCCUACUUGUCGAAAGGCUUCGUCAGCUGGCCUGACUACUGGGCCAACACCGCCUCCCCCAAAUUCUACGAGAUCUCCAUGCAGCCCGUACCUCCAACCUCGGAACGGGCAGCUUCCGAAGCCGGUCAGCUGCUCCUAUCAAAAGGCAAGCACGCAUCGCUCUUACUCCUGAUACUCUACUACAACUACUACGGACCCAAUCACUACUACAAACUCCUCUCCCAAAGCCCAGCCGGCGAACGAGACAGAGAAACAGACAAGGAGACAUAUCUAGCAGCAGCCAUGAGUCUAAAUGCGUCUUUCCACACUGUCACUACAAACAUCGAAACACUGGGAUACACGCAAGUCCACGACAAUCGAUUCAAGGGUGCCGGAAUGGUCCAGCAUAAUUCCGAAGACGACUACAGCAAAAACAUCCUCCACAACAAGGAAAUCAAAGAGGUCAGGCCGUCAUUCUUGCACGCCAACACAUACAGACUGGAUGCGUCGGAAAUGCACGACAUCUUCAAUAGCGAACUCAGGAGCCAGAGGAUGUGGGGCGAAACGAAAGGGAUGAUCGGGAAGUUCGGACGGGACGUGGAAAAGCAAGUUUGGGCAGAAACACUCUACACGGGGUGUCAUCUGGAGCAUGCUUUCAGUGCUUGGGUGAACAAGACGCAUGUGUGCAAGAGGAUUGGGAGGGUGUAUAAGUUUUUGUAUAACUGA